GUUCUUUCUCAUCCGAGAUGCCCGAAUGACUUCCCAUAGUGUAUGCCAUAUCCAUCCAAACUAGUAGGUGCUUCUCGCAAGACAUGCUUUUGGGACCGGCAAUCAACGCGACAACUUCCCUCUCAACCAAACUCACGGUUCCCAUAAUUAGCAUGAUUAUGGCGUCCGAGUGCUCUUGUUCUUCCCCUUCAUCUCCUCAAGCUUCUGCAGUCGUCUAUUCGCUCGUUUCUUGACGUCCUCCUCCAACACUUCUUUCCUUUCUUUCAUAUGUUCUCGGCGGGGCGAGACGUCGAGCAUGGUUAUGGCGCACACGUCCCUUAUUCCCCUCGUUCACAUCGUUCUCAACGUUUCUCGAUUGAGAGUAGCUCCGCAGGUCAUUCCUCGAUACAUGCAGGUCAUUUUGCGAAUCGGUUUCCGUCUAUCAGGAGCAAUAACAGUAACACCUCUUUGAAUCCGUACAAUGUCAGUGCUACUCCAGGCCGCAGAGCUCCACCUCCCUUGGAAUUCUCCCUGGCAGAUAAAUACUCUCUGGCUCCUGAUCCUCAAGAGUGGGGAACAUCCCUCACACCCUCAUUUCGUGAAGAAGAUGAUAUGUUACACAACCCCGAUCCAACUCGGGAUAGGAAAUUCGAUCGUCGGGGUAGCCUUUUAACUUCGAGAGGUGUCGCCAAUCUGGGCUGUGUAGCAAUCAUGGUUAUUGGCCUUGUUGGGCUCUUCGCCGGGUACCCUCUAGCUAGCUACUUCACAACCCACGAGCUUGCCUUCUUUGGCGGGUUUAACAUCGGAGGCCUCAAUGCUUCCGGGCAGGUACCCCAGAUAGCAGGAAACUGGGGCUUGAUAGACAUAGAAACACCAUCCGAGGCACUCAGUAUGAAGGGCUACUUAAACGGUGCUGAUAUGGAACUGGUUUUCAGCGAUGAAUUCAACACGGAAGGACGGACUUUUUAUCCGGGAGACGACCCAUACUGGGAAGCAGUCGAUCUUCAUUAUUGGCAGACGAACAACAUGGAGUGGUACGAUCCCGAAGCAAUUACUACACGGAAUGGUGCCCUGGAAAUCACGUUAUCGCGGAAGGAAACCCACGAUUUGAACUUCCAAGGUGGAAUGAUGACAACGUGGAACAAGUUUUGCUUUACCGGUGGAGUGCUCCAAGCAUCUGUUUCACUUCCUGGGAUCAACAAUAUCGCCGGUUUAUGGCCAGCGGUUUGGGCUAUGGGAAAUCUCGGCCGUGCUGGCUACGGUGCAAGUCUCGAGGGAAUGUGGCCUUACACAUACGACGAGUGUGAUGUCGGAACUGUAAAAAACCAAACUGUAAACGGACAACCCCCCCAGGCCGUAUUCAAUAGCCCCAAGAAGAACGAAAAACUGUCGUUCUUACCGGGCCAGCGUCUCUCGAGGUGCACGUGUCCCCACGAAGAUCAUCCUGGGCCAAUGCAUCAAGACGGCACGUUUGUCGGUCGUUCGGCUCCAGAAAUCGAUGUUAUUGAAGCGCAAGUCCAGGAUGGAAUCGGCACUGUAUCGCAGUCAGGACAAUGGGCUCCCUUCGAUAAGCAAUACCGGUGGAAGAAUACAGCAGAUACAUUCGUCAUGUACAAUACAUCAAUAACCCAACCAAAUAGCUAUCUCGGAGGACCUUUUCAGGAAGCCACGUCUUGCGUAACCAUAACAGACCCGGAUUGCUAUCAGUUGGGUACGGGAUGUUUCUCAGUUUAUGGUUUUGAGUAUAAGCCAGGUUUCGAUAACGCCUACAUCACCUGGAUCGCCAACGGAAAAAAGUCGUGGACUUUGUUCGCGAGUGCUGUAGGAGCGAAUGACGAUGUUCAAAUUCAAGCACGUCCCAUCCCUCAGGAACCCAUGUACCUCAUCGCCAACCUCGGAAUGUCCACAAAUUUUGGAGAUGUCGAUCUUGAACAUUUAAUCUUCCCAGCCGUAAUGAAGAUCGACUGGAUUCGUGUCUAUCAAGAAAAGGGGAAGAGGAACGUUGGAUGCGAUCCAAAGGAGUUCCCAACGAAAGCGUAUAUUGACAAAUACAUCGAAGCAUAUACAAAUGCCAACCUCACUACGUGGGUGGACGACUUUAAACAAACGGUACCAAAGAACAAGUUUCUCGGGGAAUGCUGACCAUGUUGUGAAUCUGUAUCUGUAACUACCCCUAAAACGACCUCAAUGCUUUCUACUACUUUCUCUUAGUUUCCACGCCUUGUUCCGUAGUACUGUUCCUGUAAACCUGUAUAUGGGCGAGACCCGUUAAGAUUCUUUUUUGUGUUUC